UCUUUUUCUUUGGUCGAUUUUUUUUUUAAUUUUUCGUCAUUUGUUUAUGUUAUCGUUGAAUCCGGAUGGCAAAAUUCGAAUAUUUUUCGUUGAUUAGUUGUUAUGAAUCGUGUUUUUGUAAUUGGUGAUGCUGAUUCUCAUAAGAGAUCUGAUGGUUGGGAUUUGAAUCUUUGAGAUUGUUUAAUUUCUCGAAAUCAAGUGAAUUUUACAGGGAAUCCGAGUUUUGGAAGUCUGAGAAAUGGCAGGUGGGCUUGGGGAAUCAGCGAGCCAGUCGCCCCAAAGUCCAUCUUGCUCUAGCAGCAAUGCUAACGGUGAUGCUGGUAAUUUUGAGUGCAAUAUCUGCUUUGACUUAGCUCAAGACCCCAUUGUGACUUUAUGCGGUCAUCUCUUCUGCUGGCCUUGCCUUUACAAAUGGCUUAACAUUCAUUCCCGUUCUCAUGAAUGUCCUGUGUGUAAGGCGCUUAUUGAGGAAGAAAAGUUGGUCCCCUUGUAUGGAAGGGGAAAAUCAUCGAGUGAUCCUAGGUCUAAAUCCAUCCCGGGUGUCAACAUUCCGAAUCGUCCAGCUGGGCAGAGACCUGAAACGGCUCCUCCGCCUGAACCAAAUCAGUUUCCCCAAAAUGGACUGGGAUUCAUGGGAGGGUUGGGAGGUUUUGCACCAAUGGCAACUGCUAGAUUUGGGAAUUUCACACUGUCUGCAGCCUUUGGUGGUCUUAUCCCAUCAUUAUUUAACCUUCAGGUGCAUGGGUUUCCCGAUGCGGCUAUGUUCGGUACAGCUGCUGGGUAUCCAUACGGAUUUUCAAAUUCUUAUCAUGGUGGCCAUGCUCAUGGAUAUCAUCAUCACCAUCAUCAUCAUCAUCGUACUGCUCAAGGCCAGCAGGAUCAUUACCUGAAAAUGCUGUUUCUGUUUAUCAUUGUUUGUGUUAUCUUUGCAAUGAUUUAUCAAUAGAUCAAAUCUGCUAUCAGAGCCUAAAUCGCUAACUUAUGUUAGGAGUGUCAACCCCAUGUCUUGUAUAAAUCUAACAUUGCAUUUUCUUUCCUUUUUUUUUCUUUUCUUUUUUGUGGGUGAGGAAUUGUUUAUAUAGUGCUUUCAAUAUUUAUUUUUGCUCAUUUAAUGGUUGCCAGUACAUGUGGAAUGCAGCUUAUAUGUUUCAGUAUUUAAGCAGUGCAAGAUCUUUUUAUCUACUGUAUCAUUGAAAUGCAUCACUGUGUUGUAGCGGCUAAUAUAUUCUAUACCCUAUAGUUCA